UAUUGAUUUUAAUUAAUUUUAUUUGGUCGAGCUCUCGGUAUAUAAUUCAAUGAUUAUGUACAAUACGACCCAAAACGAUCAAGUUGGAUUCCGCCGUCUUAAUUACGAAGCGUUCGUCAAAUCAAUAAUCCACAACAUUCUCACGAAGUUCCCCGUAGCACGGAAGCCAAGAGGAAGACCUUCCCAAAGCCGUGUCUCAGUACCCUUAGCGAAUAUGCAUAUUCCAGAACGAGUUAUGAAAGAAAACGGUUACCCAAGCAAAUCCGAUUGUUUCCAUUGCAAAACAAAAUUGGGGAAGAGGACGAUUACGCAGUUCAAGUGCCUUGCUUGCGAGAAACGUUUGUGCAUUGGUAGCAGCGUCUUCAACUGUUUCAAAUUUUAUCAUGACGAAAUGUUGCAGUUAUCGCAGCAGCAGGUAUCGCAGCAAGUAGUGCCACUAGCGGAUCGCAACGAGUCACAGAACACUGGACAAAAUUCACCACGUUACGAUUACAAUAACUUGUUUGAAAUAUAUAAUGCAUCCCAAAAUCAUGAUAGUAAUGUCAUCAAUGAUGAUGAUUUACUGUUCGUUUAGUUAAUUGUUGUACUACUAUGAAAAUCAAAUCCCACUGUCAUGUCAAAAAUUUAUAGUGUGUGCCAUUUGGCUCAGUUAUAUUGUUGAUUUAUAAUUGAAAUUUCAUGUUCAAAAAGUGUAUAAUGUUCUAAUUAUUGUUCGCGAAUCAGUUCUUGGUUCGUAAUAAAUCAAAACUGCAUAAGCAGAAUAUUCAAAAUCGGUUUGCAUUAAUUCAGUCCCCAACUGAUUUUAUCACCGCCCCACAACUCGGUCUCAAUGGUAUUUUGCACCCCAGAAAGUCCGCCCUCAAGAGCAAUAGAAACCAUUUUAAAUUCCGUUUUUAAAUAGUAUCCAGGUCAAAAUUAAUUAGUUUUUAUAAGGUUAAUCGUGGUCAAUUCCAGUCAUCAUUCAUUCCAUUUCAUUUAUGGAUAUCAACUGGGAUCAUAGUUACUACUAGGACACUAAAAGUCAAUAAUUUUGUACACUUCUUUGUAAAAACUGCUCCGGCAAGAAGGAAAUCAAAUUGCUAGUAAUUACUAAUUAGUGGCAGUAGUACCAGCAUACUCUGCAACCGCAAUGGAGAAGAAAGAAAAUGAGGAAGGGUUGGACUCCCGGAAAGAAGUGCCAUUCAUGUCGACACUCAAUGUCCCUGGCGUUGUCUCCACAGAUGGUGACAACCAAGACACGAAAUCAAUCAAUGAGGAUACCGUCUCCAGAAGAUCAUACUUUUUUGAGCAGCAAGAAGGCCUCCUUCCUGGAGAAAUUUACUACGACAAAGAACGUCCACGCUGGGAGCCUUACAGUUGCAUUUUGUCCAUGGUGGGAUUUUCCGUAGGAUUGUCAAACAUCUACCGAUUUCCGUACCUGUGUUUCGAACAUGGGGGAGCAACGUUCCUCAUUCCAUACAUGUUCUUUUUGGUCGUGUGUGGCAUUCCUCUGAUGUACUUAGAAGUGAUCGUCGGCCAGUUUACUCAGUCCGGGACGAUCAAGGCGUGGACCAAGCUUGUCCCAAUUUUUAGAGGCGUGGGGUGGUGUCAGUGCCUGUUGCCCCUCCUCAUCUCCUUCUACAACAACGCCUUCCUCACAUGGGCCCUACACUACUGCGUCACUUCGCUCACGAACGUUCAACUCCCAUGGAUUGGGUGCCACCACGACUGGAACACUUUGAAUUGUAGGGACAUUCCUCCGGAUUUCGAAAAGGUCAAUGUCAAGGCGGAUCAACUGAGAGCUGGAGCAGAGUACUUUCGAGGCCGAGUCCAGCGCAGAUGGAAGAGCAAAUUUUCCAAUGACAGUAAGAUUGAAGGGACGAACAUUACUAACCAGUUUGGGCUAGGAGUACAAAAUAGGCUAGGACUUGGUACUCCGGAUCUUGACAUGAUCCUGUAUCUUUUGGCUGUUUACGUCAUGCUGUACUUUUUUAUUCACGCUGGACUUCGUUUCAAGGGCAAAGGACUCUGGUUUACCGUGACCAGCCCUUAUCUCUUAAUGGUGAUACUCAUCUAUCGAGGUAUGGCGAUACCUGGCGCAGGGGAAGGAAUAAAACAUUUGUUCUCCAUAACCGAUUGGACACAAUUAGGAAAAACUGAGACUUGGGUGGCAGCUGCAGAACAAACAUUUUUCUCUCUCGGGACUGGGGCUGGAGUUCACCUUACGCUUGCGAGCUACAACAAUUUUCAGAAUAAUGUGUUCAAAGAUGCAGUCGCCACGGUUUUGAUAGACACUGGAACCAGCUUGUUAUGUGGUACCAUAGUGUUCAUCGCCUUGGGCAGCAUUGCCUUCUCGGACGGAGAGGAGAUAGGGAAUCUGUUCGCACAAGGUCCUGAUCUCCUAUUUGAAGUAUGCUCCGAUUUCUGGGGACGUGUUCCGGGCGCAGACUUUUUCGCCUUUAUUUUCUUCGUGAUGGUUUUUUUCAUUGGAUUUGAGUGCACCAUUGAGGCGUUGAGCUGCAGCAGAGAAGCCCUCUUCGAAGCUUAUGGAGAAUGGUUCGAGCGGAAUGGAAAGACCAGAUGGGUCUUCAUCAACACGAUGCUUGUUUUGGCCUUACUCGUGGGGUUGAUUUGCAUUACGAGGGGUGGCCUUCAUGUUUUCAUGGUUCUCGACAAAUACACUGCUGGCAUACCGUUCCUUGCCUGUAGCUUGAUGAUGGUAAUUGCUUUCUCAUGGUGUUGGGGACUACGCGAGUUGUGUGACGCUGCAGAAGCCAUGACCGGAAAUCGUCCCAAUAUCUACUUUCAAAUUUCAUGGAAAUUUUUGUGUCCAAUUGUGAUCAGUAUCAUAAUUAUCCUGCAAUUAGCUGCACCUACACCAGCACAAUAUAAAGACAGGAAUGUAACUAUCGUGUUUAAACCAAGCAUUCAAACUUUUGGACAAGUGUAUGCUCAUUUGCCCAACCUCUUUGUCCCCUUGGGCAUUUUGGUCCAUAUGUUUGGAUCGAGGGAAGGCAUUUCUUACAAAAUGCGCUUCCUGCUCGGCAUGUCCCCCAACUACUUGCACAAGGAAAUUCUGGAGACUGGGACGGGGUGCAGAACCAAGGUGUCCCACUACCUUUACUGUGGGGACUGCCCCACCUGUCUCACCCGCAAGGUCAAAGUCGCUCCCCAGGAGGAGUUUGGGACGAAACCUAACGUCCCAGAAAUCAACAUUGGUUUCGCCAUGGACUCCGUCGUUUUAUAAAUCGUUUGUCAACUCCAAGACUUUUAUAACUA